CCAGUUUUGAAUUCCCAUCCGUGUUUUUGAAGUAGAUAGGAAUAGCAACAUGAUGUCCCAGCAGCAUCAACGUGGUCUAUCCCAUUUUGUGACACCAUUGAACUGUAUUCGCAUAGCAUUUACACUCUUGAUUGCAUUGAAUUGGUUGCAAAUUGCGAAUGCACAGAAGACAAAUGUUGGUCUGAUUUACGAAAGCACCAAUCCGGAUAUGGAAAAACUCUUUCAACUGGCUAUCGAUAAAGCCAACGAAGAUAGUGGCGGUGCACUGCAAUUGCAUGCAAUUACAGCAGCCAUCGAACCUGGUAACGCCUUUGAAACUUCAAAGAAGCUCUGCAAAAUGUUGCGGCAAAAUUUGGUAGCUGUAUUUGGACCCACUUCGGAUAUGGCAGCCAAACAUGCGAUGAGCAUUUGUGAUGCCAAGGAGCUGCCAUUCAUCGAUACACGCUGGGAUUUUGGUGUGCAAAUGCCAACAGUUAAUUUGUAUCCACAUGCCUCACAGUUGGCGUUGGCAUUGAAGGAUUUGGUUGUGGCCUUGGAGUGGGCCGAUACAUUUACAAUCAUCUAUGAAACUGGUGAAUUCUUGCCUACGGUGAAUCAGUUACUGCAAAUGUAUGGCACGAGUGGGCCCACAAUCACCGUACGACGCUACGAGUUGGAUUUGAAUGGUGAUUAUCGAAAUGUGUUGCGACGCAUUAAGAAAUCUGGGGACUACUCCUUUGUUGUUGUGGGUUCGAUGGACACAUUGCCUGAGUUUUUCAAACAGGCUCAACAAGUGGGACUCAUGACUAGUGACUACCGUUACAUUGUGGGCAAUUUGGAUUUUCAAACUAUGGAUUUGGAGCCUUUUCAACAUGGCGACACCAACAUCACGGCUCUACGCUUGGUUUCUCCGGAAUCGGAGAGUGUGCAGCAAUUGGCCAAAGCCUUGUACGAAACUGAUGAUCCUUUUCAAAAUG